GGGAGGGAAGGGGAGGGAUGAAGGAGGAGGAGGAGGCGGGAUUAGAGAGGAGGAGAGUGGGAGGGGAGAUGGAAGAGGAGGGGGAAGGCGGAGAGAGAGCAGCCACAGAAGGAGAAGGAGGUGUGGUGAGGGAGGAGAAGGAUUAGGAGGAGGCGGGGGGAUGGAAUAGGAGAAGGGGCAGGAAGAGGAAGCGGAGGGACAGAGGCGGAUCAAGGCUGAGCAGCAGGAAGCACGCGGUCGAGCCCUCCGUGCAUUCGCAGCCCCCACCUGUGGGAUCAUCGCCCCCCAUGGCGCAGGAUUUCCCAUUGCCGUCUCUUGUGAGGCUGUGAGGAAGAUGUCCCUGGACACUGAGGCAGAGCAGGAGCUGAGGAUGGAGAGCAGGGAGGACAAAUCCCCGUGGCAGAACCUCGUGGCAGAGGCCAUUUUGAGCAGCUCCAUGGCGCAGGAACCCAACGGGGAGGAAAAGCCCCGGAGAUGCCGCACGAGGAGGGGCUGCAAACGCAGAUGGCGGGGAUCUGAGGGGGAAAGAGCCAGCCUGGGCCGGGAAGGCGGCCGGAGAUGGAGCCAGAGCUCGGAGCUGGUGGUCCAUGAGGAGGUUCCUGAUGGGGAGAAGCCCCACAAGUGCUUGGAGUGUGGGAGGGGCUUCCAGAUAAGCUCCAACCUGAUCCGGCACCAGAGGAGCCACACUGGGGAACGGCCCUACGAGUGUGAUCAGUGCAGGAAGAGCUUCAGGGAGAGCUCCACCCUGAUCCACCACCAGAGGACCCACACUGGGGAACGGCCCUACGAGUGUGGGGAGUGUGGGAAGAGAUUCAGACAUCGCGCCAACCUCCUUGUCCACCAAAAGAUCCACACUGGGGAGAGGCCCUACGAGUGUCCCCAGUGUGGGAAGAGCUUCUCACAGUGCUCUCACUUGACCAGACACCAACGGAGGCACUGGUGAGGGAAGCCCUGCGAGUGCCCCGAGUGCGGGAAGAGCUUCGUGCGCUGCUCCAGCUCCA